CUAAGCCAGCGAAGACCGACGAGUCACAAUACAAGCAUGUCUCUCCUGCCCUGUUUAUUAGGCUGCCUCUUCAUGAUAGAAGCAAUUGGUGGCGGUGCCGCCGAAGAUUUGGAUGAAACGAAAGAUUCCAAAGACGCAUGGAGGACUCUCAGGCAGAUUGGGGAGGAUGAAUACCGUUUAAUGUACUGCUCAUCCCAAUAUGACGGACGCCUAGGCGGCGUUGCUAGAUACGUUAGUUUGAGCUCACGUGAACACAAUAAAACGUUACGAACUGCAAAGAUCAGGUUCAUGUAUGGCGACCCGUGUUCGGCCUUCUUUUUAGCAGUGACACAACGCGCUACCGCGCAACCAUCUCCAAAAAAUGAAACAAACAUCAUCCGCUUCAGCAACGCUGACUUGUGCAACCAAGGUACUGGCAGUUUAUUUGCUGAAUACGAGGUCCUCUACUCGAAUUAUGAAAGCUGCCUUGUAUUGAAGCUCUUGAGCACCGAAGAGAAACGUUGUGAACUGUGGGUGAAAGAAGGAUUCGAAGUUCACUUUGAAAAUGAACCUUAUGAAGAGGAUAGUGAUGCCAAGGAAGAUGAAGUGGGCGGUGAAGACAAUGCUGAGAGCAGGAUCCAAAGAGUUAAGAAAGGUGGACUGGGACAUUGCGUUCAUGCGUACACCGAAAAUUGCGGACGUAUGCAGUACAAGAUUUAUGAGAAAGAAAUGUGUAGCUUGUCAUCAAUAGCGAAGGAGGCAAACGGACAAACCACGUUUUGAAGAGUGGGUUGAGUACUACGCCAUGCUUCAGGUUGAUCUCGCUUCUGUUUCACGGUGGUAUUCUGAGCAACAAAGCCACACAAUAAAGUGAAUAAUUGAG